UGCCCGUCUCUCUCCACUGCCCGCCUCUCGCCACUGCCUCCCGUCUUCUCUCCCUCUCGGCAGCCUCCGUCUCUUUCUCCCUCUCUCCUUUGAAAACUGAUCUUUGGCUCUUAGUGUGAAAGUGAUUUGAAUUUGGCUCGGCGGCGCUCUGCGCCUGCGCCCAGCCUCUGGCAUGCUGGCUCCUUCCAAGCAGCUGUUUUGGGUUUGAAAUUCCAACAUGGCAGAGGCUGCAGUCCGUCUUCCCUUCAAAAACUUGGAAUGAUUUCAAAUCAUAGGCACCUUCACUUAACCCUAGCCUCCAUUCAUCAGCAAACACAUCGGAUCGAUGCUACGCUAACCUAUCGGGUUUUUGCUCCGCGCGUUCAGGUUAAAUGAAUACCUGACGAAAGGGCCCACGUUUCAAGGCAGUGACAUUUGAUAGCUGAGAGGAAAAGUGGCUUUAAUGAAAAGCAACCUUUGGAAUUCCUGCUUGUGAGAAAUCCAAUUCAGCUUUUUGUGCUGCCAGCAAGAAAUGAUCAGUAGCACCAGUGUUUAUGGCUUGAAGAUGCAGUGGACGCCGGAGCAUGCCCAGUGGCCAGAACAGCACUUUGACAUCACCUCAACCACUCGGUCUCCUGCCCACAAAGUUGAAGCCUACCGAGGUCAUUUGCAGCGCACCUAUCAGUAUGCCUGGGCAAACGAUGACAUAUCUGCUCUGACUGCCUCCAACCUGCUAAAAAAGUACGCAGAGAAGUAUUCUGGCAUCCUAGAAGGCCCCGUGGACCGGCCCGUACUCAGCAACUACUCGGACGCGCCCUCGGGGCUGGUGAACGGGCGGAAGAAUGAAAGCGAACCCUGGCAGCCUUCCUUGAAUUCGGAAGCGGUCUAUCCCAUGAACUGUGUCCCGGAUGUCAUCACGGCCAGCAAAGCCGGAGUCAGUUCGGCCCUCCCUCCGGCAGAUGUCUCUGCCAGCAUAGGGAGCUCUCCUGGGGUGGCCAGCAACCUGACAGAACCUAGCUACUCGAGUAGUACCUGCGGAAGCCACACCGUGCCCAGCCUUCACGCAGGGCUCCCGUCUCAGGAAUACGCCCCGGGAUACAACGGCUCGUAUUUGCAUUCGACGUACAGCAGCCAGCCGGCGCCUGCCCUGCCCUCACCUCACCCCUCCCCUUUGCAUAGCUCCGGGCUCCUGCAGCCCCCCCCGCCGCCCCCCCCGCCGCCCGCCCUGGUCCCGGGCUACAAUGGGACCUCUAACCUCUCCAGUUACAGCUAUCCCCCCGCCAGCUACCCGCCUCAGACUGCCGUGGGAUCUGGGUACAGCCCCGGGGGCGCGCCGCCGCCUCCUUCAGCCUACCUGCCUUCAGGAAUCCCUGCUCCGACCCCUCUGCCCCCCACCACUGUUCCUGGCUACACUUACCAGGGCCAUGGUUUGACACCUAUCGCCCCCGCGGCUCUGGCCAACAGUUCGGCGAGUUCUCUCAAAAGGAAAGCUUUCUAUAUGGCAGGGCAAGGAGAGAUGGACUCCAGUUACGGAAAUUACAGCUACGGCCAACAGAGAUCUACCCAGAGCCCCAUGUACAGAAUGCCCGACAACAGCAUUUCAAACUCGAAUCGGGGGAAUGGCUUUGACAGAAGUGCUGAAACAUCAUCCUUAGCAUUUAAGCCAACGAAGCAGCUAAUGUCCUCUGAACAGCAAAGGAAAUUCAGCAGCCAGUCCAGUAGGGCUCUGACCCCUCCUUCCUAUAGUACUGCUAAAAAUUCCCUGGGAUCGAGAUCCAGCGAAUCCUUUGGGAAGUACACGUCGCCGGUAAUGAGUGAGCACGGGGACGAGCACAGGCAGCUCCUCUCUCACCCGAUGCAAGGCCCUGGACUCCGUGCAGCUACCUCAUCCAACCACUCUGUGGACGAGCAACUGAAGAAUACCGACACGCACCUCAUUGACCUGGUAACCAAUGAGAUUAUCGCCCAAGGACCACCGGUGGACUGGAAUGACAUCGCUGGCCUCGACCUGGUAAAGGCCGUCAUUAAAGAGGAGGUUUUAUGGCCAGUGUUGAGGUCAGACGCGUUCAGUGGACUGACGGCCUCACCUCGGAGCAUCCUUUUAUUUGGGCCUCGGGGAACAGGCAAAACGUUACUGGGCAGAUGCAUAGCUAGCCAGCUAGGGGCCACGUUUUUCAAAAUCGCUGGUUCUGGACUCGUUGCCAAGUGGUUAGGAGAAGCAGAAAAAAUCAUCCACGCGUCUUUUCUCGUGGCCAGGUGCCGCCAGCCCUCGGUGAUUUUUGUCAGUGACAUUGACAUGCUUCUCUCCCCUCAAGUGAGUGAGGAACACAGUCCAGUCAAUCGGAUGAGAACGGAAUUUCUGAUGCAGCUGGACACUGUACUAACUUCAGCUGAGGACCAAAUCGUAGUAAUUUGUGCCACCAGUAAACCAGAAGAAAUAGAUGAAUCUCUUCGGAGGUACUUCAUGAAACGACUUUUAAUCCCACUUCCUGACAGCACAGCGAGGCACCAGAUAAUAGUACAACUGCUCUCACAGCACAAUUACUGUCUCAAUGACAAGGAGUUUGCACUGCUCGUCCAGCGCACAGAAGGCUUUUCUGGACUAGACGUGGCUCAUUUGUGUCAGGAAGCAGCGGUGGGCCCCCUCCACGCCAUGCCAGCCACAGACCUUUCAGCCAUCAUGCCCAGCCAGUUGAGGCCCGUUACGUAUCAAGACUUUGAAAAUGCUUUCUGCAAGAUUCAGCCUAGCAUAUCUCAAAAAGAGCUUGAUAUGUAUGUUGAAUGGAACAAAAUGUUUGGUUGCAGUCAGUGAUAACUUCUUUAAAAAAAAAAUGUAAUGAAUGUUGGCACACACACAUAAAACCUGCUACAUAGGGUAUAGAGCCCCUUUCCAGUAGUGUUUAAAUCGCAAAGGGUACUGGGGAAGAUGACGAUUGCGUUGCAUCUUUAGCGUCAGGGUAGAUUUGGAGGAAAAACGCAUCAGAUGAGAGCUGCUGAUUUGAAAGCCCCAGAUGACAGAAAGCAUCUGUUGAUGCUCAGUUCAGUUCAAGCCAGACAACACUCACCAAGGAGCAAGGUGCAAGUGUGUUGAUUUCAGAAGGACGUGAACCUUGUGUGUUGAUUCCAUUCUGCUGUUCUCGAGAUUUAGUUGCUGUCAAGUGCCUGGAGUGGUGCUUUAUUUUUUGUUUGCCUCACAAUUACAUUGGUGGCAUGUGCUAAUAUAAAGAGCUUUAACUUCAAACAUUAUUGGACUAAAGAGAUGAACGGUUGUGUUACGACAGAAAACCAGAUUUUUGCCAUUUUAAGAGCAACAGUAUUCCUCAAUCCUGUCUGUUCUGCAGUAUUAAGCUAAGAACAGUUAAAACAGGGUAACGGUAAUCUGGACCUUAAUUUCUGCAGUUCAUUUCUUUUAAUGUUCUUGUCUGCAAAAACUCAGGAAAGCGAUUGUGAUUUGUACAGUACCUCAAAGGAAUGUGUUGAAAGCACUAUGUACUGCUGAGAGUAAUGGGAUAGGCUUCGAUGUUACUUUAUAUUAAAAUGUAUGUUUACCUCAACAAUUGGAAGAUAGCAAGGAAAAUUACUUUGAAUGUAUCCAGAAACAUACUGACGUGUGAUACAACUGAAUAUUUACGACUUAAAGUAGAAAUGGAAGGAUUUUUUUUAAAAAAGAUUCUUUUACUAAUUAUGGGGAAUAAACCAGAGCAGAAUAGUUCUUUAUGUCAAAAACUGCAAGAGUUCUUCGUACAUUGCUCCUUGAUAAUGAAGUGAAAAUGUUCUUAAAAGGUACACUGGUUAACGGAAAGCUACUUACUCAGUUUAUGUUAGUACCUAGAACACUCAGCCACAAGACCUGUUUAGGACCCUGGAAGUCACAGUACCUAAAAACUAGGACUGCCUUUUACUGCAUAGGGUGGUGGUGAUGUUGGUUUGCAAGUUCUCUCUUAAAACUGCUGGGAAUGGUGUCAUUCUAUUCACUAAUCUAGCUUAUAGGCUUGUCGUGCUGUUUGAUAGAAUGCAGAAGAUAGCAAGCAAAAACAAAGAAAUAAAUACAAAAUCAACCAAUCAACUUUAUAUAUAUGUGUGUGUGUGUGUGUGUGUAUAUAUAUAUAUAUAUCCACAAAGAACAUCUAUAUCCCCUCUCCUUUUUGACUCCUCUCUUCUCAGUGCAAUUUUGCUUCUCAUUUUGAAAUCUUCUGGGCUAUAGUGCUCCCACAUUCAUUUCUACCUCAGUUUUGUCACAUUUCUCUUGGACAGUAAAGUAGAAAAUUGGAAGUGGAGACACACACACACACACACACACACACAUGCGCACACGCAUCUAUACCUUGUCAAACUCGUUACUUUGUUUUCUCCCAUCUUUUCCCAUAAGUCUCGUCUCCAGAAACAUCAGUCUUCAUGCUUGCUUCUGCCUGAGUCCACUCCCACCCCGGCAUAUGUGGCAUUUUUCUUAAUUUUCCAUUCUUCUCCUGCUCCCCACCAAGUUGUUCUUUGUAUCCUUUAAUGCUUUAUGUGCAACUUUUCAUCGAUAGCUAACUGAUGUUCGUUCGGCAAUGCCUCUGAACAGACAGUGUAGGCUGUAGCUUUCCAAAGCCGCUGCCCGUGCAUAAGCAGAACAGCCUGGCUUUUUGAAUGUAUUUUUCCUGGGUUGUUUUUUU